UGCAUAUUAUAUAAAAAAUAGUUCCAUCUCUAGAAUUUCUUACUUAAUUUUUGUUGAUCUAUGAUAUUGAUUUUAUGAUAUUGGUUUCACAUAAAUUCAAAAGAGUGCGCUGAUAGUUCUAUAUACUUUGUGUUUGCCUUUCUUUGUAAGAUAUAAUAAGUUCAAACUGUUAUUAUGCUGAUAAUUAUUAAAAAAAUGUUAAAAUAGAUUACGCGAGAAAUGACAUUAAACGUGUAUAACGUUUGCUAUUAAAUGCAAAAGUAACUUAACAACAUGGAAAUGUAUGUAUUUAUGUGACGUAUAAUGCACAAAAACAAUUUAUGAUGAAGAUUUACAAAUGCAUAUUACUGAAGUUAUAACUUUUCUUAAUGCUGAUAUAAAAAGUAUAUCUUAAAAUAUUUCUAAAACAGUUACAAUGGAAGCACAAACAGAUAGUUCUGUUUUGCGACCACCAGUUAAUUUAAGAAAUAUUAACACUGGCAAUGUUUUUUAUACACCUUUAACUUCAUUUGCUGAAAUGUGGUAUCAAAUAUUCUUAUGGGCUCUAUUUUCUUCCGUUUUUGUUCACACUAUAGCUGGUGCUAUUUGUUUUGCUACAUUAAGACAACAUAAAUAUGGAAAAUUCUUCCCAUUGCUGAUUAUAAUAAUGGGUAUAUUAUUGCCAUUAACAUCAGGAGUUCUUAGUUCUGCUGCCGUUGCUUUUGUAUACAGAGCAUCUCGAUAUCCACUGCCACCAUUAUAUGCAUUAUUUUGGGGUAUUGGUCAGACUGUUGUAGCAGGAUGUGUUGGAUUCACAAGGAUAUUAGCAACUUUGUAAUGUGAAUCAAAGUUUGUAAAUGAAUGGUGCACAAGACAUUGUUAUUCAGGAAUGUUGGAUAUAACAUAUAACAAGGAGUUUUAAGAUUUGAAAACAAAUGAAUAGUAUUCUAUUAGUAUUAGUAAUAGUAAUUAUAUAGUAUUAGCAAUAGAUAAUAGAGUAAUAAACUUUGUACAUAUAUAAUUGUAUAAUAUUGUACAGAUGUAUUAAAAACUAGGUUUAAAAUAAUUAUAAGAUUUUCAAAGUAA